CUCUUCCUUUCGUAGAGGCGGAACAGAAGAGAGAUGUCUGGCGCCAGCAGCGGAGGGCACAAUGUGUACACCAACCGGGCGUAUGGCUGUAAAAACCUCUUCGUGGUAUGCGAUGACGCAGAUGACGAGCACACGAUUGGGGGAUUGGUUCGCUAUGUUGCCCUGCAGGAGAUUGCGGUUGUGGAGCCUGGAAGAGCGCUGCGCCCGCUGCCGUAUCUCCAGCCCGCCCAUGAGGUCGAUUACGUGAUGGCGGAGCCUGGGAAGGCCUAUCAGGUGCCGUGGUGGUGGCGGUGUGGUGGCGAUGGUGUGCCUCGUGAAUGUGUGGCCUGCCUGUACUUGUAGGUGACUGUGCGGAACAACCGCGCGUAUCCCGUGGAGGCAGAGCUGUUCAUAGAUGGCCAAAAGGUUGCAAGGAAGCCAACCGACUUGCGACUUUAGCGUCACCCUCAUCUGCCUCUGCUUGAUGGCUUGCAGAUCAAGUGGCUGGCACUACAGGAGGGCACUUCCCAGACGGUCUCCACCGUGCCAGUGUCGGUGGACUCGUCAUCAGAUACCAAUGCCUAUCGCGUGCAGCACAAACAACUGGUGGGUGGGUGAGGGGGGAGAGGGGGAGGGAGCGUCUGUGCAGGUGCUGGCUGCGAUUCGUGUGCUCUGCCUUCGCUCUGUGUGCUCUGUGUGCGUUUGUUACAUCAGACGUUUUGCAAGCCGGACACCAUUGACGCUGCUGCUUCCCAGUUCAAUCCUGCGUAAGGAGGCGUGCAAGUUCUCCCCGACCGACAUCCCUCUGCUAUGCUACAUGCUGCUCGUGAGUGAGUGAGUGUUUUUUUUGCGGUCGGUCUGCGUAUCAGGUGGCUGGAGGCACAGAGGGUCAUCACGGUGCCGUUCUGGAAGACGCGCAUCGAGACCAAGACCAACACAGAGCAUUUUGGCGAGCAGUGCGAGGCGCGCCUGCCGGAGACCGUCCAGCUAUUCGACAAGGUACUCUUCCCUACAGCCAUUAUGCCCACAUGCACGACCACAGACGCCCUCCCUCACUGCAAACGUCUAUGUGUGGCGUGGCAUGCAGGCGUCGGAGAAGGUGCCCGAGAGUGCCAAGAAGACCCACUCGGCGGUCACCGAGACGGGCGCCAAUGCGGAGCUGGAGAUUCUGCCCAAGUUCCAGAACAAGCGCGGCACUGUGGACGUUUGGCACAAGACCAAAAAGAUCGGUAACUAAGGGCUGUCGGUCGCUGCCUUUGGCGGCGAUUUGUGUAUACAUAGCACACGACACGCGUGUGUGUGUGGCUGUGCUGUGCCAGGGGCCCGCAAGAUCCAUCUGGUAGACCAGCUGUCGUACGAGCAGAACCGCAAGGGCGUGAUGAAUGCACUCAAGAUAGAUGCAGCCGGCCGCACCGAGGACGGUAGGUACCGUCACACACACAGCCAACACACACACACACAUCCAUGUGUGUUGGUGCGCUACAGGGUUGCGUGUCAAGGUGGAGCGCAAGCGUGAGGUCAGGGCUGCCGUGCCCCCAUCGAUGGCCAGUGCGGCGCCCCUGGACCUCACGGAUGAGGACGACCCUGCCGUCGAAGCACUCACCACCAAACCCCAUGUGUGUGGAGAGAGAGAGAGAGAGAGAGAGAAAGAGAGAAACACACCAUAACACGACCCUGGGAAACCACCACCUCCUCCUCCUGCUGCUGCUGCUGUGGUGGUGUAUGGUUGGUCGAUCAGGUGAUUCGUGAGUUGUACGAGGAGCACCGGCGCAUCCAGCACAACCGUGAUGAUGACGAGGACGAAGACCUGGACAGUAAUGACGACGAGGCCCGCGAGGGGAUCGACUCGGACUUCGCACUAUUCGUCCAACAGGUACGUACAUCUAACCGACCCGACACACAGGGCAAUUGUGUGUGUGUUGGUGUCUGUCUGUGUUCAGCGGAAGCGCCAGCGGACGGGGGAGAGUGCGGGUGCAGCAGCUGCUGCUGGCAGCUCUUGAGGC